UAUAAAUCUUAAUUACUACAUAAAAUAACAGGAACGUGAAAAAAAAGGAUAUUGUUAAGAAUUUAUAUUGGUGAUUUUUUUAUCUCGUUAUUAACGUUGACUGUGUAAAGUUCACAAGACAUUUUUAGUGUAUCGCAUUGAAUUGCGAUUUGCGAUCAUUCUGUGGCGAGUCGUCUGAUAGGAUGGAUCAAUUAAAUUUCGCUGGCCGCGUAGCUGUCGUAACAGGAGCCGGUGGUGGCCUAGGAAAGGCCUACGCUUUACUUCUUGGCUCCAGGGGUGCUAAAGUGGUGGUAAACGAUCUCGGCAGUGCUCGGGAUGGCGUUGGAAAAUCAAAAUUCGCAGAUCUUGUUGUACAGGAAAUUAAGGACAAAGGUGGCAUUGCUGUCGCCGAUUACAACUCGGUGGUUGAAGGAGAGAAGAUUAUAAAAACAGCUCUCGAUAACUUCGGAAGGGUUGACAUUCUUAUCAACAAUGCCGGUAUUUUACGUGAUAAGAGCUUUCAAAAAAUGUCCGAACAGGAUUGGGACCUGAUCCAAGCUGUGCAUCUGAAAGGCGCUUACAAAACAACUCAAGCUGCCUGGGAGACUUUCAAGAAACAGAAAUAUGGUCGCAUCAUCAUGACGACCAGUAACGCUGGUUUGUUCGGGAACUUUGGCCAGGCCAAUUACAGCGCCGCAAAGAUGGGUUUAGUCGGCCUGGCCAGUACAUUGGCCAUAGAGGGCGCUAAAUACAACAUUAAAGUGAAUACUAUAGUACCGACAGCAGCGUCCAGACUCACAGAAGACAUCCUGCCGCCAGAGAUGUUCCAAGCGAUGAAACCUGAUCUCAUCGCACCCGUUGUAGCCUACAUGGUGCAUGAGUCCUUCACUGACAGCGGUCUCAUCAUUGACUCGACAUUGGGUUUCGCGACCAAGACUCAUCUUGUACGCUCACAAGGAGCACCCUUGAGGAAGAAACCGUCGGAUCCGGUGACAAUAGAGUCGGUUAGAGACAAUUGGUCCCAGGUCGUGAACAUGGAGAACGCUCAGCGUAUAGAGAAGAUAGCUGAAGUUACGGUCGACCUCGUGGAGAAAUUACAGGACUUUGAGGAGCGUUGUAAGUUGGAUGGUCAGAAUGAGAGUUACUGGGGGAAGUACAAGUAUAACUCCAAAGACCUGGUCUGCUACGCCCUAGGAGUUGGUGCGUCGGUGGUGAACCCUUCAGACCUCAAGUUCCUAUACGAGAGCCACGAGAGUUUCUCAGCUCUACCCACAUUCUUCAUACUCCCCGGUAUGUUGAUGGAAUCACCUGUAGUGGGUAAAGCGAUGCCUCCAGGAAAAUACGCUGACUUUACAAAUAUUCUCCAUGGCGAGCAGUACAUAGAAUUUCUGUCAGACCUGCCCGGCACUGAGGGAGAGUUCACUGUACGGAACUAUGUAGUGGACUUACUGGACAAGGGAUCCAGCGCCGUGGCUGUUGUUAACAGUGAAAUAUACCAAAACAAAGAGCUGGUGAUCAGAACUCAACAGCACAUUUUCGUCCUGGGUCAAGGUGGGUUCGGGGGACCGAGGAACAGCAAACAAGCUAUAGCAGUAGAAGCUGUUCCAAAGAGAUCACCUGAUGCUGUACUGGAACAAAGGACAGCUGAAGAUCAAGCCGCUUUAUACAGAUUGUCAGGAGAUUUGAAUCCACUACACAUUGAUCCUAAUGUGGCCACAGCCAGCGGUCACCCGAGACCAAUUCUGCAUGGUCUUGCAUCGCUCGGUUUCUCAGCUAGACAUGUUCUUAUGAAAUACGCAGGAAAUGAUGCUUCAAAUGUCAAAGCUCUGAAGGCUAGAUUCGCCAAGCCGGUGUUGCCAGGACAGACGUUAAUUACAGAAAUGUGGUUGGAAGGAAAGCGGGUUCACUUCCAGACUAAGUUGAAGGAGACUGGCAACAUUGUUAUUGCCAGUUCCUACAUGGAUUUGAAGAAUGUUAUCAAAGACGGUGCACCUGCAUCCAACCAAAAGAUGGCAGCACCAUCCGCUUCGUCGUUGAAGAGUGACUCUUUGUUUGCCAAAAUUGAGGAUGGCAUUAAAGCUAACCCGGACAAGGCCAAGAGUGUUGGCGCUGUUUACUUGUACAAUAUCACUCUCAACGGAAAAACUGUGAAGCAGUGGACUCUGGAUUUAAAAUCGGCAUUGGCAGUAUACCAAGGUGAACCUAAAAGUGGUAAAGCAGAUACAACAAUGACGGUAUCAGACGAUGACCUUAUGGAAAUUGCUGCUGGCACACUCAGCCCUCAAGUUGCUUACCUAAAGGGAAGGUUAAAGAUUUCUGGAAACAUUAUGUUGGCUCAAAAACUCGGACCUUUGCUUAAGAGUGAAGCUAAAUUAUAAAAAAAUGCAGAUCAUUGGUAUAAACUUCUUGGUUGUUGUGUCUUCAAAAAAUGGAAGAAGUUUACAUGUUAUUUGUUAUAAGAAUUAUAAAAAUAUAUGAAUGCACAUUCCUUUUAAAUGUUUUUAUAAUAAUGGGAUAUUUAAUAUAUUAUGAGAGGAGACCAGAUAUAAGAAUAUAAUAUUUGAGUAAAUAUCAAUCUACAUUUGUUACAUUAUUAUCAAAUCCAGUCGUUUAAGUUAUGGUGAAGGAAUAAAAGUUUAUUUUUUAA